AUGGCUGAAAAAGCAGAGAGCAUGGCACCCGCUGGGCAAAACUCGCAGCCGGAGCGCAUCCCCCUUCGACAGCGCCGCCCUUCUUCAGGAGCUCCCAUCGUCGAUAUCCAAGGCUCCGUCGGCCCAGCUGGCGUCUCGCGUCCCAAGCACACACGAACUAUAACCGGUCUUGGGCCAGGCGAGAUCAAGAGUGUCGAAGCCUCGAUUCCUGAGCCUCAGCGUGAGGCAUGGAAACGUGCCCAAGCUAAAGGCUUCAGCGGCAAAGACGGCUUCGAGAAGGAGCUGGUCCGCCAUGUUGAGACCACACUUGCACGCAGCAUGUUCAACUGCGAUGAGAAGGCGGCAUACUCGGCCACUAGUCUGGCGUUUCGUGACCAAUUGAUCCUUGAUUGGAACCGAACCCAGCAGAACCAGACUUACAGGGACUCGAAGCGUGUCUACUACCUGAGUCUGGAGUUUCUCAUGGGUCGUGCCUUGGACAAUGCGAUGCUGAACAUUGGCCAGAAGGACAUCGCUAAGGCCGGCCUUUCUGAGCUGGGCUUCCGCAUUGAGGAUAUCAUCGGACAGGAGAACGACGCUGCGCUGGGCAACGGUGGUCUUGGUCGCCUGGCAGCCUGUUUCCUGGACAGUUUGGCGUCGCUCGACUUUCACGCCUGGGGCUACGGCCUGCGCUACCGGUAUGGAAUCUUCAAGCAGGAGAUCAUCGACGGGUAUCAGGUUGAAGUGCCCGACUACUGGCUUGACUUCAACCCCUGGGAGUUUCCUCGUCACGACGUGACGGUCGACAUUCAGUUCUUUGGCAACGUCCGUAAGGAAGCCAAGGAGCAAGGCAAGGAGGUAGCCAUCUGGGAAGGCGGCGAGAUAGUGCAAGCCGUCGCCUAUGAUGUUCCCAUCCCUGGCUACAACACGCCAACCACCAACAAUCUUCGAUUAUGGUCGAGCAAGGCCUCUGGCGGCGAGUUCGACUUUCAAAAGUUCAACAAUGGCGAUUACGAGAGUUCCGUCGCUGAUCAGCAGCGCGCUGAAACCAUCAGUGCCGUUUUGUAUCCCAACGACAACCUCGAGAGAGGCAAGGAACUCCGCUUGAAGCAGCAGUAUUUCUGGGUGGCCGCCUCACUGCACGAUAUUGUUCGCCGCUUCAAGAAGUCGAAGCGUGAUUGGAAGCAGUUUCCUGACCAGGUUGCAAUUCAGCUCAACGAUACCCACCCGACGCUGGCCAUUGUUGAAUUGCAGCGUAUUCUCGUUGACAUCGAGGGCCUGAAAUGGGAGGAGGCCUGGGACAUUGUAACCAGUACGUUUGGCUACACCAACCACACCGUUCUUCCCGAGGCUUUGGAGAAGUGGCCCGUAGGUCUCGUCCAGCAUCUUCUGCCUCGACACUUGCAGAUCAUUUAUGACAUCAACCUCUACUUCCUCCAGCAAGUCGAGAAGCAGUUCCCCGAUGAUCGCGAUAUCCUUAGGCGGGUGUCCAUCAUCGAGGAGUCGCAGCCCAAAAUGGUGCGCAUGGCGUACCUUGCGAUCGUCGGUUCUCACAAGGUGAACGGCGUUGCCGAGCUCCACUCGGAUUUGAUCAAGACGACCAUCUUCAAAGACUUUGUCGAAAUCUACGGCCCGGACAAGUUUACCAACGUCACCAAUGGUAUUACGCCGCGUCGUUGGCUGCACCAAGCCAAUCCACGCCUGUCCGAGCUCAUUGCCUCCAAGAUUGGUGGAAACGAUUUCUUGAAAGACUUGACCAAGCUGAACAAGCUCGAGUCCCUGGCCGAGGACAAGGAGUUCCGGAAGGAAUGGUCUGAGAUCAAGUACGCCAAUAAAGUACGACUAGCCAAGCUCAUCAAAGAGCUGACGGGUGUGACUGUCAACCCGGCUGCUCUGUUUGAUAUUCAGGUCAAGCGUAUCCACGAGUACAAGCGCCAGCAGCUCAACAUUUUCGGUGUGAUCCACCGAUACCUGACACUCAAGGCCAUGAGCUCUGAGGAGAGAAAGAAGCAACUUCCCCGCGUGUCUGUCUUUGGCGGUAAAGCAGCUCCCGGGUACUGGAUGGCCAAGCAGAUCAUCCAUCUGAUCAAUGCCGUCGGCUCGGUGGUCAACAACGAUGCAGACAUUGGCGAUCUGCUCAAGGUCAUCUUCUUGCCAGACUACAACGUCAGCAAGGCCGAAAUCAUUACGCCGGCUUCGGAUAUUUCCGAGCAUAUCUCGACGGCUGGAACCGAGGCUUCUGGCACGAGCAACAUGAAGUUCGUCCUCAAUGGCGGGCUUAUCAUCGGCACUUGCGACGGCGCGAACAUUGAGAUCACCCGCGAGAUUGGCGAUAACAAUAUCUUCUUGUUCGGCAAUCUGUCCGAGGACGUGGAGGAUCUACGACACGCGCACAAUUACGGCUCGCACACGAUCGAUCCUGACCUGAACAGAGUCUUCGACGAGAUGGAAAAGGGCACCUUUGGGACACCUCACGACUUCAGUGGCAUGGUGGCAGCCGUGCGACACCAUGGCGACUACUACCUCGUGUCGGACGACUUCCACAGCUACAUCGAGACUCACAAGCUCGUGGAUGAGGCGUACCGCAACCAGGACGAAUGGGUUGCCAAGUGCAUCGUGGCGGUUGCACGCAUGGGCUUCUUCAGCAGUGAUCGGUGUAUCAACGAGUAUGCCGAGUCGAUCUGGAACGUCGAGCCUUUGGCCGUGAAGAGUUGA